AUGUCGCCAACACACUUUUCGCUGGAUGUUGGCGGUGGGGUGCUCUCACACGUGAGCCUUGUGCACGUUGCCCUCUUGGCCGCCAGUCUUUGCGUCGCAAUACCGGCCUACACCUUCAUCUACAACGUCUACUUCCACCCCCUGGCCGGCUUCCCCGGACCGGCGCUGUACGGCGGGUUCGAGUGCGUCAAGGUCUACCAGCAGGUGACGGGCCGCAUCAACGAGCGGCUGCACGAGCUGCACGAGGCGUACGGCGACGUGGUGCGCGUGGCGCCCUGGGAACUCUCGUACACGAGCGCGGGCGCCUGGCACGACAUCGCGGGCGGCAAGGGGGGCGGCGUGCCCACCAACCCGGCCUACGGCCUGCGCGAGCGCGACUUCUACGGCGCCCUGGGCCUGCUCUGGCUCGGCAGCGACGGCCACGCCCGCCACCGCCGCAUCCUGAGCCCGGCGUUUUCCGACCGGUCGCUGAGGGAGCAGGAGCCCGUGGUGGCAAAGUACGUCGACCUGCUGGUCCGCCGCAUGCACGAGAAGGCCGGGUCCGUGGUCGACAUGUGGGCGUGGGCCAACUUUACCACGUUUGACAUUAUCGGGGACCUGACGUUUGGGGAGCCUUUUAACUGUCUUGAGGAGUCGAGAUUCCACCCCUGGAUCUUCUUCCUCUUCUCCCGCCUCAAGAUGAUGAUGUACGGCCAGAUCGUCAUGACUAUGGGCUACUUGGGCAUCCUGAUGGAGGUCCUGGUGCCGCGGCGGCUCCGACACGAGGCGGACGAGCACGUGCGCUGCACCAAGGAUAAGGUCGACCGGCGCCGCGAGCGCGCCGCCGCCGCCGACGACGCGCACCGGCCCGACUUUAUGACGCACAUCCUCAAGCACGUCACGGACACGCUGGGCCCCGGCAACGACUCCAAGGCUGGCGACGGCAGCAUGACGCUGUCGGAGCUCUACGCCAACUGCCAGACGCUCGUCAUGGCCGGGUCCGAGACGUCGGCGACGCUCAUCUCGACGGCGGUGCACAGCCUGCUGCGCGAGCCGCGCGCCAUGUCCCGGCUCGCGGCCGAGGUGCGCGGGGCCUUUGCGGCCGAGGCCGAAAUCACCCCGCUGACGGCGGCGUCCCGCCUGCCGUACCUGCACGCCGUCAUCAGCGAGUCGCUGCGCGUACGGCCGCCGCUCCCCGCCGGCAUCCACCGCCGCGUCGGCCCCGGCGGCGCCACGGUGCAGGGCCACUUCGUGCCCGAGGGCACGAGCCUGCAGGUCACGCACUGGGCCGCCUACCACUCGAGCCGCAACUUUGCCGAGCCGUGGGCCUUUGCGCCCGAGAGGUGGCUCCCCGGAAAAGGAGACGCGGCGGCAGCGCGCUUCGCGGCUGACAACAAGGCCGUCUUCCAGCCCUUCAGCGUCGGCACGCGCGCCUGCCUCGGCAGGGGGUUGACGUACCUCGAGACGCGGCUGGCGCUGGCCCGGCUGGUGUGGAACUUUGACAUGGAGCUCAUGCCCGAGAGCGAGGACUGGGACGACCAGAGGGUCUGGAUGCUGUACGAGAAGAAGCCGCUGAACGUGAAGCUGACGGCGGUAAGGAGGGACUGAUGGUGAAGAGAGGGUGUGGAGCUGUUGAAUGGGUGUUUGAUAGGUCUGAUAUUUGAGCCAUAGGCAGAGAGGUAGAGCCGGCAUACAAAGCGUUGUCUUCUGUG